AGAAUCAGUCUGUCGGCGUCCUUUGAGGCCUUGGCCAUCUACUUCCCUUGCAUGAACUCUUUUGACGAGGACGAUGGGGUGGAGACGGAGGGCAGGCGGAUGAAGGGAGGCAUCCAGAGGAGCACGGAGACGGGCCUGGCCGUGGAGAUGCCGAGUCGGACAGUCCGGCAGGCCAGCCACGAGUCCAUCGAGGACAGCAUGAACAGCUACGGCUCCGAGGGCAAUCUGAACUACAGUGGGAUGUGUCUAGCAUCGGAUGCCCAGUUCAGUGACUUUCUGGAUGGGAUGGGCCCUGCCCAGUUCGUUGGGCGACAGACACUGGCAACGACAUCCAUGGGUGAUGUAGAGAUUGGUCUGACAGAGCGGAAUGGAGGUCUGGAGGUGGAGGUGGUACAGGCCAGAGGACUCAUCAUGAAACCAGGCUCCAAGGGACCUCCAGCGGCCUACAUCAAAGUGUACCUUCUGGAAAAAGGGAUGUGUGUCGCCAAAAAGAAAACCAAGUCAGUGAGGAAGUCCCUGGAUCCUCUCUACAACCAGGUCCUUGUCUUCUCUGAGAGCCCCCAGGGCAAGGUGGUUCAGGUAAUUGUUUGGGGCAACUAUGGAAGGAUGGAUCGGAAAUGCUUUAUGGGCGUGGCCCGCAUCCUACUGGAGGAGCUAGACCUCAGCUCAAUGGUGAUUGGUUGGUACAAGCUGUUCCCAACCUCCUCCAUGGUGGACCCCAGGAUGGCACCUCUCAUCCGCCAUUCAUCACAGAUGUCACUGGAGAGCACCAUUGGGCCCUGUUGUGACCGAUCCUAA